AUGGAACGAGAAAACGGUCCACCCGUGUCAGUUGGAAAUCCGACGAGUUCAAGAAAAGCAUUAAGACAAAUAACGAGCACUGUAAGGAAAAUGUCGGAAGAAAUGCUCGACACGGCAGAAGAAACAAUCAUCGAUUUCAUAACGUGUCCAUAUUGUACGGAUUACAUACGACCACCCUCCGUUUGUUGCGAAAGCGGUCACUUCGUUUGUCGUCAAUGCAAAACAAACAUAUCACACUGUCCGACGUGCGGCACGGACAGGUAUCCGAACAAAUCCAAUUCCGUUUUCGACAUGAUCCUCCGGGAAAUAUAUUAUCCUUGUUUGUACCAGGGCAACGGUUGUUCCGCAUACUUCAAACACGAUCAAUUGCAAAUCCAUCAAAACAAUUGCAAAUUCAAAAUGGAACCGUGCGUGUAUCAAUCCGAGGGUUGUAAAGUUUUCACGAAAGGACAAGACAAUAAAAUAAAACACGAAACCAUUUGCGACUACGGCGUGCGGUGUAAAAUCUACGGCGAAAUAAAUAAUAAAAUCCACGUGACGUGCACGUGGAAGGGUAAGAGAAAAGAUUUGUUGAAACACGUGUCAACGUCACAUCAAUACGAAUGGUCACCGCACGAAAUCGUGUCGGACGUCGCGCUCUCCUGGAUCCUUCCCCUCAAUAUUAAUUUCGAAAAAAUACAAUUGAUUCAUUUGAAAGAUUUCGACGAAAUGUUUUUCUUCUAUUCGAAAACAAUUGAAAAUUAUCAACAUUUCGUGGGGGUCCAAUAUGUCGGACACAGGGAGUCGUGGAAAAAAUUCUUGUAUUCCGUCGAAUUCAUUUACGAAAAUAAAAAAGUCGGGUUCGAAGAUUUGGUCAUACCUCACACGGUUAAAAAAACCGACGACGUUUACGGUGCCAACAAUUGUUUUUCCGUACAUUUUGAAUUUUUGAAAAAACAUUUUCUCGCGGAAAGCGUCAUCGAUUGUCACGUGCGUUUCUCAUUUCGAUAA